AUGGCCCAAGUAAACGAUACUGACUGGAAAAGGCCAAUUAAUCCGGACGUCUUCCUGUUAUAUCCGCAGGGUUUUGCUCUGCGUGAGAUCAUUAGGAAUUACCGGGAGACUGGCUUGGUUCCAGAGGUAAGCGCAGGUUCACUGUCAAAUUAAUGUCUGUUGUAUUGCCUCUAAAGUACCUAGUGAUAAUUGGGUCUGCAUUACAUUUCGUUACCUGGCACGCUGUUUGGGUCUUAAGUUCAAGCGCAAUGUGGGCAUUGGAAGUAAGAUAAGCCGAAGAGGGAUACUGAAACCUUUAGAGGGAAAAGUAGCCGAGGCAGAAACGGAGUUGGCAACCUGAUGUAUGAUAAAUUUGUCGCGAGAUUGAAGUAAACCCAGAAUUUCCGCAGAAGGCAGGAAACAUGGGGCAACAAUACCCAUGGCCUGAAAAACAAACCUAAUCCUCAGUUUAGUUAUACACCUAAUGCUAAGCCUAGUCCUAAACCUACCACAAACCCCAGACCUAAUCCUAUGCCUAACUUUAACCCUGGACCAAAUCAUAAACUUUACCUUUCCCCUAAACUUAAACAUAACCUUAGACUUAGACUAACCCUAACACCAACCUUAGCGCCAACCUACACGGCAAUCCCAACCCCAACUCUAACUGAAACCCUUAAAUGCAGCACAAAAUUUAACCUUAAAUUCAAUUAUCAGUCUGGCACAAACCUAAACCCUAAAAUUAACCAUAACUUUAAAACGAAACAUCAUUUUUUUUUGCGUUUUAGCUUUGGCUACUUUUCCACCCACGAUUUCAGCAUCCCUCUUCGCCUUACUUAACUUUCAAUGAACACAUUGUGCUUACACUUGGGACCAGGACAGCGAAAACAGAUCACUGCCUGUCCCCUGACACGCAGAGUAGUCAACAUUGAUGUUCUUCAUUCUUCGGUUUGGGUCUGUGACCUUGUUUGAUCUCUAGCACCAUCAGAUGCUCUGCCGUCGUGUUGAUCCCCCAAGUUCUCUCUGGGCACCAGGUUUCAUCAUAUUUAUCUGGUAGGGACCGCCUCUCUCUCUCUCGCAUAGCCUUCGAUGCAGAGCGCAUAUCGAUCGCCUGCACGCGAGCACUUCUCACGCUUCCUUCCACUUUGGUCCAGUCAGCGAGAUGCGCUAUGCACAGCACUCUGUCGCACAAAUAACCCGGAUGUCACAGCCAGUCGGAAAAGAUUGUGUUUUGAUUGCCAAGGCCUAACUCCUCCCAUCUUAUGCGCUAUCGCAGUGCAGACUGGUAUUGAUGAAUCUCGUUGUUUUGAAUGCCGGAGCAAAUCACAUUUGCUGUUGACAGCGCAAAACAGUAGAAGUAUUCACUUCCCCAAGUUCAGUGUGCACAACUUAGUCAGCAGCCUAACAAGCGCCUAAAGAAAAUCUUAUGGCAAACCCGAAGUGAGGAGAUGGUUAACCGCUGAUUACUGAAUUCAGAAUUCUGGUAAAUACUCGAAUUUAAGAAUCUGUGUCAAAUGUAUGCACAUGUGCCAGGAGAGUAAGCUGGUAGAGCCUCGAAACGUUGGAAAUGCAUUUAGCGAGACGAAGUCCCUGGAUAACUGACAUAUAUUUGGUACAUUUAAGGAUUUGUCUUGUGAUUUUAAUGACACCGGGAUCAGACAUCUUACAAAGAGCCUUCCCAGCCUCCUCAGUACGCUUCAUAUUGUUUAAAAUAACACAUAACCACAGAAUUCUCUCGAAGCAUAGCUUGAUUGUCUCGUCGACAAAAUUGUUCUUAAUGCAUCCAAAACCCUCUUGUGCGCUUGCAGCCUCCCAUUAACGACCCCAGCAUGCGGUUUCUCAAAGUGAGCACUUCGGUUUGUCCACCAGAGGUAGAUGACGUCGUUGACAACAAACACAACCACGACCUCGUCGUCAUUGUGAAAUCAGCCGUCUACAACUUCGAGGACAGACAAGCCUUUCGCAGAUUCUACGCCCACCUGAGAAAGGAGAGUAGCGUUAAGCCACCCUAUCGCAUAGGAGUAGUGUUCGUGGUGGGCCUGCCCACAAGCACAAGCAGCAAUUCAUUCCAACGCGAUGGUUUCAACAUCUCACUGCCCGGUCGCGCCGGCAACUCCCUCGUCAACAUUGCAAACCGCCGCGCCCAGAUUCGAACUCGACUGGAGCAGGAGAUGCGUGAACACGAUGAUCUCAUCGUGGGCGACUUCGAGGACACCUACUACAAUCUGUCUCUGAAGAUGCAUCACACAUUCGUGUGGGCGGCCAGGUUCUGUCGCGAACGUCCUGCCUUCAUGUUCCUCGACGAUGACAUUGGUUUCAAUGAGAAACGCCUGCAGGCUGUACUGGCCACUCUGCCGGUGGAUUGGCGGCGCAGAGUUUCCAUUUCAAGUACUCGCUGGAAUAGUCCCACAGUGCGUCCUACGGACACUCCGGCCGUCCGAAAAUGGGCACUGUCGAAGCGGGAGGUUCCGUGGCCAGUGCAUGCACCCUACAGCAAUGGAUACUUCUACAUGCUUGGUUACGAUCACGUGGCGGAUCUGGCUUUGGCCAUGUUCUACACUAAGCGCAUUCCCAUUGACGAUGCGUGGUUGGGUCUGGUGAUGCAUAGGAUUGGCCUUCAGUUCGAGUUGCCAGCUGGGAUCGUGUACUCCUUGAAACAUCAGGAAAAUGUCACCGGCUAUAUCGCCUUGCCCCUCCAAUCUCUCCGCAGCACAUCUGUAUGGUGA